ACCGGUAGUGUUUGUGUUUGGCAGUGCGUUUUAUUUUAUUACACAGACGAUACGGUGAAGAUGAACAGAUUUGUCGGAGUGCUCGUACUUUCGGCGCUGGUAAUCGGUGCCUUGGGUCAGAACGAUGGUCGUGAUGCUGCCGUACGCGAUCGGGCCGGUAAUGGGUACGAGGUCCUGGUGGAGUCGUCCCUGCAUGUGCGAAAGGCGAACCCGGCCGUACGGCGCAACGUGCGCAGCGUGCUAGAUCUGUUGGUGCCACCGGAAGCGGUACUCGUGCGCCAAAAGCGCCAGUUCGGAUUUGGUGCCUCCAGCGCGAACGCCAACGCUAACGCCUUCAACCAACAGUUUGGACCGAACGGAUUUGGAGCGAGUGCCGCUAAUGCCGGUGCCCAAUCGUUCUACAACCAGGGACCGGGCGGUGGUUUCGGUGCAUCGGCUGCCAACUCGGCCUCGCAAGGUUUCUCCGCCGGUCCGGGUGGGUUCUCGGGCUCUGCCGGACAGUCCGGCAGCCAGAGCUACAAACUGCCAGGCAAUAAGGAUGUGAACCUGUCGUACAGCGGUGGAUUCUCCGUAGCCAACGGACAGCCAAGCGUAUCGCAGGGCAGUUCCAUCAGCUUCUCUAAGAAGUAGGCGUCUUGGGCGGCACAGACAUGAGACUAGUGGACAAUGACUUUUAGAGCAGUAAGUGAGCUUGUGGGGAAAUUUAAUAUCCCGAAUGGAAAUAAAGCGUAUG